GAGGCGGCGGCGCGCGAGGGCGCGCGGCGGGUGCGGCUGACGUGGGGCGAGCCGCCGGGCUCCCGCAUCAUCCACGACCUGGAGGCCGCCAUGGAGAGCUCCACCUUCUUCGGGGCCGCCGAGAUCGAGGAGGCGAGGCUGCAGAGCGACAAGCUCGGGGGCCUGCGGAGGAGGUGCAUCCCGCUCCACCGGGCGCGGCGCUCCGCGGAGAGGCACGACGAGCCGCGGGGCGCGCAGGCGGGCCUGCAGAAGGUGGAGGGCCACGUCGAUCUGGGCGGGACGUCGCACUGGUACUUCGAGCCGCAGACCGCCCUGGUGAUCCCGACCGAGGGGUCCAUCGAGGUCUGGACGGGCGACCAGAACCCCGUCGCCACGCAGCAGUCCGUGAGCAGCGUGCUCCAGAUGCCGGCGCGGGGCCCGGCUGGGCUGCCGCUCUCGUGCCUGCUGCACCUCCGCCCUCUCCGCCGCGGCUCCGUCCUACCUCCGCCUCGGCCCCAGGGCUGGUUGUGGAGUGGAUGUCAGUGCGGCAAGUGCGAGUGGAACGAUGUGCUCGACCGCACCAACAGCAGGAGGCCUGGCUUUGGGGGCACAGUCUUGGCGCACCCCAAAGAUAUUCUUGAUCGGAAAGGCAAGCGGUGGAAAGAGCUCUGCACUUCAGCAGGCUGGAUGGCGGCAGGCAGCGCUGCCGCCGAUGUUCUGGCAGGGGAAGGCGCAGCAGUGGCGCGAAUCCCUGAGCCCGUUCGUGCCGACAUCCUGGAGAAGGAACGCGUGCCGUACCUCACCCGCAUGAGGAUCAUCAGGUCCCACAUCGACGCGAUGGGGGCCGAGAAGCAGCUGCAGCCGAGCGGCGACCAGACUGGUCGGCACCCGAGGAGGUCCAGCGGUCGCCUCGGCAGAGCGCACCUCCCGUAUAUCAGAGCUGCCAUGGUCCAGGCCCUCCAUGUCGGGUCGACGCAGUCUGCAGUCGGGUGGUCUGCAAUCGCGCCGCGCACUCCUUGCCUGCAGUCGGACUACGAGGCAGAGUUCGACGGUGACGGGAAGCUCUCGAAGAUUCAGAUGCGAUUUCACAUGGACGUGGGCUGCUUCCUCGGCGACGCCGACGACGACCUGUCCAUGGCGAUCGGCUUCUCGGACAACGCCUUCUACUGCCCGAGCUUCAAGUGUGAUGGCGUCCCGUACAUGACGCACACGAUGCACAGGACGUCCCAGCGAGCGCCGGGCGUCUUGCAGUCGAUCUGCUCCAUGCAGGUCAUCCUGGAGCACAUCUCGCGCAGCCUGAAGCUGCCCUUCGAGCUCGUGCAGGAAAAGAACUUCUACAGCGCCGGGCAGCAGACCCCCUUCGGCGACACGCUCGGGUCGGACGUCUACAACUGGACGCUGCCGGAGUUGUGGCAGCAGCUGAAGCGCGACGCGGACUUCGACACGAGGUCCAGCGCGGUGGACACAUUCAACAGCGCGAACCGCUGGCGGAAGCGCGGGAUCGCCAUGGUCCCCUGCAAGUACGUCAUGGGCCUGUCGGACUAUAACAUGAACGCUCUGGUCAAUGUCUACUCCGACGGCUCAGUGCUGGUCGCCCACGGUGGCUGCGAGAUCGGGCAGGGUAUUCACACGAAGGUCGCCCAGGCGGUUGCCUACACCCUCGGUGUGGACCUCAAGUAUGUCCAGGUGGCCGACACGGAGACCUCCAAAACGCCCGGCAACGCUUGCACAGGGGGUUCGGGCACCUCGGAGAGCUGCUCCCAGGCUGCAAUCAACGCGGCCCAGGUGCUAAAAGACAGGCUGGCCAGCUACCGCACGGGAGGAAAGUCCUGGCCAGAGGCAGCGAUGGCGGCCGCUCAGGCGAAGGAGAACCUCUCGGCAGAGGGUUUCUUCAAAGGCGCAGCGAGCGCCGAGAACGCGCACACGUACGCGGUGUACGGCGCAGGCAUGUCCGAGGUCGAGGUCGACGUGCUCACAGGUGAGAUGGAGAUCCUUCGGGUUGACAUUCUGAUGGACCUGGGACGCCAGUUGAAUGCUGCGGUGGACAUCGGCCAGCUGGAGGGCGGCUUCGUCAUGGCGUUGGGCUACUUCUUCACCGAGGAGCUCAAGUUCGACGAGCAGGCCCGCCCCCUGAAUCUGGGCACGUGGGAGUACAAGAUCCCGUCGGCAUUUGACAUCCCGCGCGAGUUCAACGUCUCAAUCAUGAAGCCCGUCCUCAACCCGAGCGGUGUUCUAGGGUCAAAGGCGUGCGCGGAGCCCGUGAUGCCCCUGGCCGCCUCCGCGUACUUCGCGGUGAAGCAGGCGGUCGGCGCCGCGAGGAGAAGCAGCUCGGCCUGGGCGACGGCUUCUUCGAUCUGCCCGUGCCGGCGACAGUGGAGUGCAUCCAGCAGGCGUGCGCGCCGCAGGGCGGGGGCGGCGUGCCCACCGGCCUGGGCGCGUGAGGGCGCGUCGGGGGCCGCAUCAGGCAAGCCCGUGCAAACGGGGCGUUCGCAAACGAGCCGGUAGCUGAGGGUGCGUUUUCAAGCCAG